UAUUAAGCAACAGAAGGCUGUAUCGGGAAUUUUUCAUGCUGCCCUGCAAUUUCCUCAUUGAUACUAUUAAUCUAAUCAUAAUAAUAUUUGACGUGUUGAUUAAUUGAUGAAUACUAAUUAUGUAAUUAAGUGGUAGGCAAGAACUUAUCUGAGUAUCUCCAAGCGACGACAAACAACGUUACCUAAGUUCUGUCCAGCUACGUGGCAUUUGAAUGUUUUAAAAGUUGGGCUCAAGUUGCGCGGGACAUCCGGUAUACGCGACGUGCACGGUUCAAAUGAAGGAACUCAUGAUGGUCGCUAGCACGCAGGCGCAUUGGCAGAACAAAAAAAAAAAAAAAACUUGUUUAUGGUCGUGCCACUUCAAUUUGUGGCCGCAGCAAUCUGCGGCUUGGACAGUAUUCGUUAUCUGUUUGUAAAAGGCUCAAAAACCAAUCCCGCGCGCACGCCAUAACCGCAGUGAUCGCGCGGCAUGCGUCAGCUGUCGGCCACCUAUCUGUGCGACGCCAAAACCAGGCAGCGGUAUCGGCCCGUGCUUCUGUACUGCGACAGGGUGCGUAAGCACUAGUGAAAGGCGCAGAACGGUUCACUUGUCGAACAUCGCGUAGAGGUGCAAACACCUUUUAGACACGGCCACCGCCUCCGGCCACGGCAUGGACCACAGCGUACCCGCCGCUCUGGAAGAGCUGGAUCCCGAUGAACUAGAUCUUCGCUUCCCGGGUUUAGACGUAAACGUUCCUUGCACCGCUGACGCCGGUGCCGACGACGAGGGCCGCAUUCCAGAGUCCAGCUGUCACCUUCUGGAACAGCUGUCCGCCUGGAAUCGCUUCCUCUGGCACGUCGGCUUGCAGCUGCGAGAACUCCGGGCACCCGGAAAACUGUCCCUGGUGCGGGUGGUCCACAUGAGCGGCGGCGGUGGCCUCCGGCAAACAGAAUGCCGUCGCGACGCGCGGCUUCUCUUCCAGGUCCUCUUGCAGCGGCACCGUUGCGUCGUGAGCGUUGAGCUCGACGAAGCCAUGUGCGAGGGCAGCGGGCUCGGCGAGUACCGAGAACGGGUGGUCUCGGCGCUUCAGCGAAGCACGAGCCUGCAGGCGUUGACCUUCGACAUCCUCUUUUGCGACUGCAGAUGGAUUCGAGAGGAGAUGUUCGGUGCAAUAGCCAAGCUGACGAACCUGCAAGAACUCGUUGUCUCGGGCACCGGCGCAGCACCCCCGGUCCUGCUAGACGCGAUCUGUACGCUCCUGCUGGACACGACGAGUCUCGCCACCCUCUCGAUGUUGCGACUCGUUUUCGACGCCGAGGACAGGUGGCGCCUCGUCGACGCCCUCACGAGCAACGUCACCGUCGAGAACCUGUCCCUGCACGGCAGCAUCGUGCACUCUUAUCUCCCGAACGGAAGGUCCAGGUUCUCCAUUUUCCUGGUCGAAAGCAUUCGGCUGAGAUCUCUGAGCCUGCAAGGCGACAAAUCGGAUCCUGCCAAAACGUUCGAAUACCUAAUGCGCACGAUCCCGCCGCUCGUGGUUCGCGGCAUCCUCCGUAAGCUCAAACUUUCCGGCUUCCUCCUAAACGCCGACUGCGCGAGCCUGCUCGCCGUACUCGUGGCUCGGAAGGAAGGGCUCCUCGAACACCUUGACAUCGGCCGCUGCCGCUGGAGAGCGGAGCCGUCGCCUCGGUCUCCGAUCGACGCCGAAACGAUGGACUGCGAAAAAGCGGGCCCCUCCUCCUCGACACCUGUCUCUUCCUGGCACGACGUGUUCAACGACGCCGCGCGUGUCCCACUCUCGUUUCUCCGGCUCAGCUUCGCGGGACUCGAGCCGGAGAACCUCGCACCUCUCUUCAACACUGCCGCCACGGUCGAGUUUCUCGGUACCAUCUCGCUCAGAGACGUGGCGCUUGGCCAACUGAAGGAGGUGUGCAGAGUCGUCCGGGAAACCGGCAUGGGCGACCGAGUCCGCAUAGAAGGCGUGCACCUCGUCGACUCCGCAUCGCUAAGUAUGCUCAAAGAGUUUCCGGAAGCGUUGCGUCACGUGGUCAUCACUUCACUCAGCGAGCCGAGACUGGAGGUGUUUCAAAACACGGUCCGCCUAGCGUGCAGCUGGUACCAGCUGACUGCGCUCCACCUCCUCCUGACGCAGAAAGUCGUCCGCCACGCCGCCACCAUGCGCCUGUUGAGCAAGUACGUGAGCUUUGCCACUGCGCUGAGAGAGUUCGUGCUGACAGGUUGUCAGCGGCCAGACCUCAGUCUUUGUCUUCGAGCAACGAGGAGGCCUCACAGCGCUCUUCUCGAAGCCAUCUGCGAGAACGUGGGCAUCCAAGCGCUUCGAAUCGAAAGGCUCCGUCUGGGCACGGCCGACAUGCGCUUCCUGGCCAAACAGGUUGUUGCCAGCGAGACGCUGUGCGAAGUCUACUUCGCGUCCUCGGACGAACUCGAGAACGAAGAGUUCGUUGACUUCAUCGCGGCAGACCUCUGCGAGAACAGCACCAUCUUGCGUUUGCGAGUGUUGGAAUCUGCGGACGGAGAACCGCAGGAAGGGAGGUUCGCGGUCGAAGACGUUCUCGGUCGCAACAUGGGAUACGUCACGUGCGCGGCGCAUUUCGUCGUCUUCGACACUCACUUGAGCCGCUGUGAGGAAGCCUAUGUGGCCGCCUUCUGCAGUCCAGCCGUGGUCGAGAAAGUCCAGGACCUCGCGUACGUGGACGCUGCCGAGGCGACGCGCAUGAUUCGAAGCAUUCUGGAAUAGUCACAAACCGUGUGAAGAAAUUUCAUGGGUGUUUUUAGCAAGAGCCGCGAGUAGUAAGACAAAAAAGGAUACCGAUGUUCUCUGCUGCUAUACGUUGAAACGUCAUUUCCAUCAUUACUUGUCUAAGUCCUCGUCGGUGCAUUGGCACUAUCCUCGAGUGGUUGGUUGUGUGUUGCCCGCUCUGGCCUGAGACGCUCAGAACAUCGGUACUCUUCGGUAAUGCGAACGCUGCGUUACUACGAAGACAAGUGCCUUGAAUUUGCCAUCAGUAUUAUAUUUUAGUCUCGUAUGUAUCUGUCUUUUUUAAUCACUGUUGCUCAUGUUCAUCGGUAUUAGCGGUUCGCCUAUUCUUCAUUUUAGCUUUGACCAUGUCUCGGAUUAAAAAAAAAAUAUCCUUGAAAUAAAUGCACUGAGUGCUCUUAUUAA